AUGCCACUGAAAAACUUCCAAUAUAGGGAAGACGAGGAUGGCGAGCUGCCACCGCUAGUUACUGGGUUGGAGGAAAACAUACAGGAGCUUUUGUCAGAACUUAAGCCCGAUGGAGGGUUGAAUAUAGUAAAUGAACGCAAGAUAGAACAAGCGAAUAAGCAGCAUCAAGGGGCUGGAAGUCAGAAGAAGAUACCAGUAACCGUUAUUACGGGCUACCUGGGUUCAGGCAAAUCUACGCUGCUGGAGGAGAUAACAAAGCGAGGGUCUGACAUGAGGAUAGCAGUGAUAUUGAAUGAAUUCGGUGAUUCGUCCGAGAUUGAAAAGUCCCUAACAAUCAAAAACAACGGGAAGGCGUACGAGGAAUGGCUGGACCUGGGUAAUGGGUGCCUAUGUUGCAGUCUGAAGGACGUAGGGGUGAAGGCCAUCGAGGCGAUGGUUUCGCGGUCGCCAGGUAAAAUCGACUACAUCAUACUUGAGACAAGCGGGAUAGCGGACCCAGUGCCGAUCGUGAAGAUGUUCUGGCAGGAUGAGGGUCUCAAUAGCUGCAUCUACAUUGAUGGGAUUGUGACGGUGCUGGACGCAGAGCAUGUGAUGACAUGGCUCGACGAGGUGGCCCCUCCGCGCCAAUGGCGCGGCGACCAGGUGCUGAUGGAAAACCAGAUGACCGUGGCGCAUCUGCAGCUGGCCAUGGCGGACGCGGUGGUGCUGAAUAAAAUCGACCGGCUGGAAGGCCUUGAUGACGAAAUCGCUGUGGUGGAGGAAAAAGUGCGUAGCAUUAAUGCAGUCGCGCCCAUCUAUCGGACCAAGUUCGGCGAUCUGGAGAUAAACAAGGUACUGAAUCUCCAUGCUUUUGGUGCCUCUGACAUUCCCGAUGCCCACGUGGCUUACCAUGAUCCGCGGCUGUCCACGGUCACCUUGACCUGCCGGCCGCUGCGCGACAAGGCUGAGCUCGAGUGGUUCGAAGAACACUUUCUACAAGCUCUUCUUUGGAAGGACUUCGGCCGGGGUGAGCUGACACAGGGGCAGGAGUUCGAGAUUCACCGCACCAAAGCCCUGCUCUUGGUCGGAUCAGAAUUCAAGAUAGUACAGGGUGUGCGCGACACCUACGAAGUCUUGCGGGGCGAACCCGUACCCGGUGUGAAACAGUGCAAACUAGUCUUCAUUGGCGUGCACCUGGACAAGCAAUAUAUUCAGGGCAUUAUGGAAUCAGCGCUCAAUGCACGUAUAGAGUAG